AUGGAUUCCUAUCACCACUCGAACCUCGAUUCUCAUCAGAGUCCCUACCCCUCCGCCUCAAACUCGGCGCCCUUUCGUUUGGACGAAGGCUUUUCGGAAGAGACCACCAGCCAGGAUGAUCGGAGUAUCUUUGCAGCAACAGCCGCUCGGUUUCAAGAAUGGGUUAUGGCACAGGACGAGCACGCGCGGGCAGAGAUAGCAUAUGAAGUCCUGCGCACGCUGCGAACCUCCAAUAUUGCCGCUGUUGUGGAAAGACUUACACCACUCCUGCAUAUGGACCCUUUGGAAAAGCUGCCACCGGAAAUCACAUCUCAGAUCUUCUCUUAUUUGGAGGCCGGCACCCUGUUGACCGCGUCGCUUUCAUCUCAAACGUGGCGGGCUCGCAUUAUGGACACUAUGCUCUGGCAGGAGUUGUACAAAGGACAAGGCUGGGGAGUCGACCCUGCAGAAAUAAAGGCAUAUGAAACUGCUCAUGCUCUCUCGGCGAGGAGAGAGUCCAAAAGAGCACGUGGGAAACGUCCUGGCCAGCCACUACUCAAGAAGCGUGCCACAUCCGACUGGCUAGAGUCGAAGGGUCGGAAAGCUUCAGCUGAUGUGUCUCAAUGGCGUGAACAGCACGGCGUCGUGGAAGCAGAUACUGACAUGCAAUCCGAAACGGACGAUCAGGAAAUGCAAGAUGCUCCCCACAGUAUACAUAACUCUCCUCAACGCCCCAACAAGAGACAUAGUCAUGACUCUGGCGAUGAGAUGGACUACGACCCUAGCCCGUCGGAAACGGCAACCGAUGAAGAAGAUCCAGGUCAAGCACAGCCCCCUCAGAACGAGGCUCCGUUCAAGUCUCAAUUGAUCAUUCAUCCAAACAGCGCUAAUGGGGGGAGGCUCAGUUGGCUUCAUUUGUAUAAACAGCGCCAGAAGUUGGAGCAAAACUGGAGCAACGGUCGAUACGCCACCUUUCAGCUCCCUCACCCAUCAUAUCCCAACGAGGCGCACACCGAAUGUGUAUAUACCAUCCAAUUCUUCGGGAAGUGGCUUGUGAGUGGUAGUAGAGACAAAACACUACGAGUGUGGGAUCUCGAGACUCGCCGAUUGAGGGGCAAGCCAUUGGUUGGCCACUCACAAUCUGUUCUAUGCCUCCAGUUCGAUCCCACGGAAAAGGAGGACGUUAUCAUCUCCGGUAGUAGUGAUUCCAGCGUCAUCAUCUGGCGAUUUUCCACCGGACAGAAGAUUUCCGAGAUCCCAUCCGCCCAUGAGGAAUCUGUGCUGAACCUAAGAUUUGAUCGAAGAUAUCUCGUAACCUGUUCAAAGGAUCGGCGGAUCAAGAUUUGGAAUCGCAGCCAUCUGUCGAUCACUGACCCGGACUAUCCCAGAAUUUCACGCGAAAGCACCGCUCGCGUGCCGAAUUAUAUCAUCAACGUCGCAGAGAUGGAACCUUCGCUCUUGGAAGCAAGAAUGGCCAAUGGCACAAUUCGAGCUUUGAAACCAUACACCCUGCUGUUGACCCUCGAAGGUCAUGGCGCGGCUGUAAACGCUAUUCAAAUCAACGGCGAUUUAAUCGUCUCCGCCUCUGGCGAUAGGCUCAUCAAGGUCUGGAGCGUCAAAGAUGGACGUCUCUUACGUACACUGCAAGGCCACCAAAAAGGCAUCGCCUGUGUGCAAUUUGAUAGCAAACGAAUUGUCAGCGGAAGCAGCGACAAUACUGUCCGAAUCUAUGAUCCAUUUACCAGUGCUGAAGUCGCCGAGUUGAAGGGCCAUAAAAACUUAGUGAGAACUGUCCAAGCUGGCUUUGGUGAUCUACCUUGGAGUGAGGAAGAAGACAAUGCAAGAGCUCGAGAUGUAGAAAGAAAAUAUCUUGAAGAUGUCGCCAGUGGUCUCAUUAUCGAGAAUAGACAUUACAGUCGCCGCAUCCGCAACGGGGAGAUGGGCUCUUCUAGAGUGGCACUCGGGUCGAAGCUUCCCCCUGGUGGCGGUGGGAGUAGAUGGGGUCGCAUUGUAUCCGGAUCGUACGACGAAACCAUUAUCAUCUGGCGAAAGAACCCUCAAGGUGACUGGGUCAUUGGUCAGACGCUACGCCAGGAAUCUCAUGCCCAAGAGAAUCCUAGGGCAAGGCAUGGGCAACAGCCAGCGGUUCAAAACAAUUUUCCUCCAGUCCCGAAUGCUCUUACAGCUGCUCCAACUGCAGUUACGGUUCCAGUGGCUGUUCCUGUUCCGACCCAUACUCCCCAGCAGAAUAUACAAGUGCCCCAGUCGAUACAAGGGGCUGGUGGCCCUUCACGGCCGGCCGUAGUAUCUGCAUCACAAAUCAUGCAGCAGGCUAUGAGUAGUUCAAUGGCCAGCUUGGGUGUAGGUAUUACCAACGCUAUGGGUAUUGCGAAUUGGCGGCAGUUGCCAGGAUCGACCCGAGCUGGAGCAUCGACUUCUGCCUAUACCAAUCCCUCCAAUCUAUCACCUGCUGCCCAAGCGUCCAUCUCACAAGCAGUCCAACAAGCAUUUAUCACUCAUGGCAACCAAGUACCAAGCCAUGGUCAGAGUCAGCAGCUUGGUCAUAUAACAGCGCGUAGUGCCCCAUCUGUAAGCGCCUCACCCUCAACAAACUCUGCACCACAACAGCAACAACAACAACCGAUGCAACCCCACCCACAGGCUGCCAUCUCCGUACCGGCUCAGAAUCAAACAGGAACCCAGAAUAUCCAAGCUCAUCCACCUCAAGCUCAAACUCCGCCUGCCCCAGUCCAGCCCCUACCACAGCAACCACCAGCACAACAAACAGUAUCACGCGUGUUCAAAUUGCAAUUCGAUGCCCGCCGCAUAGUCUGCUGUUCACAGGAUAGUCGGAUCGUGGGGUGGGACUUCGCCAAUGGGGACCAAGAUAUCAUCGAUGCCUGCCGGUUUUUUACAGGACCUUGA